UCACCUCUGCAACAGCCAGUUGAAGCCCCAUCGCGAGUCCGAAGAGCAGCUGUCGCCCGCCAGAUUAAGAAGCGUUCACUUUAAUCAGUUGGCAUUUGCUGCAAAACCCGACGCCUUUGAUGAGGUGUUGCAGCCUUGUUCACGGGCUUGUUUAAACAUAUGCAGCUUCAUACAACAAUCCAAUCGCCAGCUCUAUCAGAAAUAAGCAUCAGUCUUUAAGUUAUCGCGAGCUUUAGUCGCUCAUCUCAACAAAUAGACCCCAGCUGCCUUCUUUUUCUUCUCAAGACCCGUAUCGGCAAUAUCAUCCAGCCGGCUCAGCCGACGCAGCUCAAGUCACGCAGUUCAACAUAUAACGCCGGCGCAUUCUUUUUCUUUCCACGACCCAUAUCGACAGCUUCGUCCGAGCCAGCGGCGGACAUAUCUCAAGUCCCACAGUUCAACAUACAAACCUCCGACGUUAUUUUUUUUUUCCCUUUCUGAGACCCAUAUCAACGACAUCCAGUCGUCCGAGCCGGCAGCGGACAUAGCUCAAGUCCCAUCCCAUUGUUCGGCAUACAAACCGCCACCGCAUUUCAUUUCUCUUUAGGACCCAUAUCAACAACAUUGUCAACCCGGCAGACGCAUUAUCCUUUUCGUUUUAAAGUUCAUAUCCACGGCAUCGCCGUGCCGGCGGCGGCCGCAGCUUCAGUCCCGCAUUUUAACACACAGACCGGCCCGCGCCCGUUUCUGUUCUCCCACAACUAUAUUUAUCUCAGAUUCUGCAGCCCUGUCCUUCUUCUGUUCUUCUUUUCUCUCGUAGGAAUCCAAGCACUGAGUCAUCACACCAAGGCCAAGGGCAAAUCACCAUCACCGCUAGCUGCGACUGCACCUUGCCUCUCAAGCGACCACCUCCAACUCUGCUCGACCGACCUCGCCCUCCCGCCUGUAACUGGACAUCUUGGCUCGUACACAUCAUCGUCAAAAUGUCGCGCAAGGCCGAUUUCAAGAGUACCGAAACCCAACAGCGCUUGCUCGCUGCUCUCAUUGCGAGUCAAGUCCAGAACAUGUCUAUUGAUUACAAGAAGAUUGGUGCCAUGGUGGGCAUGACCGCCUCGGCCGCCGAGCACCGCUUCCGUGGUGUCAACGCUCAGGCGAAGGGUCUUCGUCUUGCUUAUGAGCUUCAUGAAGAGGGCCGGGGCCCUCCUCCCUCGGAGUAUGAUUUCACCAAGAUCACCUCCAACGUGUGGGGUAGAGGAGGUCCUCGGGCUGAAGAUCUCCAGAAGUACUUUGGUGCUUCCACGGAGCAAGGUCUUCAGUACCACUUCAGAGCGAUCAAGCAGCAGGCGAACGUGCUUAAGGAGGCCGUUGAGAGCGGACAAGACCCUGCCGACGCGUUUGAAGAGUAUCUCCAGAACGGCGGCCACAGCGUUCGAAAGGGCGUCAGCGUGAAAGGCGGCACCACCAAGGCUGCCAAAGCCGCCACCGGAGCCAGAGCCUCCCCUGCGAAGCCUGCUCCCACCAGAAAGCGUGCUGCCGCCGCACCUGCUCCCAAGACGCCCCACAAGUCCCCCACCAAGAAGCAGAAGGUCAAGGGGGAGCCGGACGUCACCUCGCUCGAUGAUGAGCCCGAGCUCGUCUUCCCCCUUGAUGAUUCCCCCGCCUUGCCCAAGGUUCUCAAUUCGCCCGAGGUGGUCACCUCAUCCUCCGACGUCGACUCGCCUGAAGUUAACUACGAUGCUCUCGACGAGGAGGCCCCCAAGCCGAAGGCGAACUCGCCCUGGAAGAAGAUGGCUGGUCAGAUUGGUGGGCCGGGCCAGUGGUCGAACCUCAUGACUGGCGAGAGGGCCAAGUUGAAGUCCAAGAACGACCAGGUCAUGGCCCAGCACGCGGCCAACGGCAACGUUAUCGAUCUCGACUCUUCCUCUUCUCCCGAUAAAGCACUCCCAGGUCUCCACGAUUCUGCCUCCUCUACACCCACUCGCCCCCAGCUCAUCAAGAAACAGGGCGGUGCUCAACCCCCUAGCACCCCGGGCUUCAAAUUCGACAACAUUGACAUCAACGACGGUAGCGAUGAGGAUGACGAGAUGGAGGAUGACGAGAUGGAGGAUGAUGACGAGGAUGAUGGUGCUAUUUGAGCAGCAUCUUUUCAUCUCACAACAACAACGACAACAACAACAACAACAACAACAACAACAACAACAUCAUCAUCAACAACAACAACAACAACAUGAAAUUUGUGUCGAAUUUUUGUAAAAAAGACACGCUUGGUGACGACACCUUUUAUGCCGUUUGCUCACGCCUGCAGGAGGAAGGAGAAGAAGGUCAUGGGACAAGAGGGUUAUU